GCUCCAGCGGCAGUGCGACUUUAAGAUGAUGAAGGCUGUGAAAUUUAUCGCUGGCUCCUCCUCCCCCGAUGAUGUCAAUCGGAGGUGGAGAGGUGGGCAGUACUAAGGAAGCGAGUUCAUACAAUACGACAGAGAUUGCCGGAGCUCUGCGUACAACUACGGCAAAAAAAAAGCUCAGUGUGUGGAAGUGAUGCUGCACCUAUAGGCACACCGUCCACCUGCUCCGUCGCACCGACAGCCCAUGAGCGUUUCUCCAAACACUGAUAUUUCGCUCUCCAUCAGUCCGCCUACCCACGGGAUGACAUUAAACGCGAUUCACAAGUUCUUUAGCUGUUAAUUAAACGCACAGAGAAAAAGAAAACAACUUCACUAAACAGUGCGAGGAGCGGUCCCAGGUUUUUUUCUCUUCUUCUUCUUCUCUCUCUCCCCCCUCCCGUGAUGACUGUAUAUGCACGCGCUGAAAUAAGAAGUACCGCACAUUGACAAACCCAUUUGGAGCACCGCUAUCUCUCCGCGCGCGUGGGAUUCAAGCAGUAGCCAGGCGCGAGACAUCCGAGGAAUUACAUCGUCUCUUCUAAAAAAAAAAAAAAAAAAAAAGUCGUUCGCAGAUGUUUUUCGCCGUUCGCGCGCGGACCGUGGACUUUUUCACGACCAUGGAUCGUUUUCUCUAGUUGGAUACCGACUGGUCACUACGUGAAGCUGUUUGAUUCUGGGAUUUUCUUCAGUCUGCUUCGCGGCACUUCAUCUCCUCCAGCAGUGAUGCCGCUACGUGACGGGAAUUGAGAGUUUCCAUAUUCAAAGAGAAAUCUGAGCAGACCUUGCAGAUCUUUGAAGAGAGUGCAGCACCUACUCUGAGUAUGGACUUGGCAAGUGAGGCCCAUGUUCUGGUGGUUUUACUCACCUGCCUGUUCUUGAUGUGCCGGGCUCAAGAGAAGGACUACACCGUAAAAGAAGAGCAGCCGGAGAAUGUGCGCAUCGGAAAUCUGCGCAAAGACCUAAACUUGAACCUAGAUCCAGACGUUAAACUGUCUUCUGCGCUGCAGUUUAAACCUGUCUACAAGACGGGUGAUGUGCCUUUGGUCAAGGUAGAAGCAAGCACGGGAGAGAUUUUCACCACAGCCAACCGCAUCGAUCGUGAGAAACUAUGUUCCGGAGUCUUCACCGAGAAGCGCUGCUUUUACGAGAUCGAGGUCGCCGUGCUACCCGACGAGAUUUUCCGACUGGUCAAGAUCCGCUUCCUCAUCGAAGACAUCAACGACAAUGCUCCGCUCUUUCAAUCGACGGUUAUCAACAUCUCCAUUCCAGAAAACACAGCCAUCAACAGCCGCUACCCUGUCCCUUCCGCAUUUGACCCUGAUAUAGGGAUCAAUGGGAUUCAACACUACGAGCUUGUCAAGAGUGUGAGCGAAUUUGGCCUGGACAUCAUUGAGACCCCUGAAGGAGACAAAUGGCCCCAACUCAUAGUCCAGCAGAGCCUCGAUCGGGAGACGAAGGACACCUUUGUGAUGAAAAUUAAAGUAGAGGAUGGUGGCACCCCUCCAAAGUCCAGCACAGCCAUUCUGCAGGUCACCGUCUCAGAUGUGAAUGACAAUCGGCCGGUGUUCAAGGACAGCGAGGUGGAGGUAAACGUUCCUGAGAAUGCCCCAAUGGGAACAUCUGUCACUCACCUUCAUGCCACUGAUGCUGAUCUGGGAUCCAAUGCUCAGAUUCACUUCUCCUUCAGCAACCAAAUCUCCCCUGCCACCAAACGACAUUUUGCUAUUGACAGCACAACUGGACUGAUUACCGUCAAGCAGCCAUUGGACAGGGAAGUCAACCCAGUGCACAAGCUUAUAGUUCUGGCCAGUGACGGAAGCUCUACUCCUUCAAGGGCUACAGUGACAGUCAAUGUUACAGACAUUAAUGACAAUGUCCCCUCCAUAGAUACCCGUUAUAUAAUGAAUCUUGUUAAUGGCACUGUGCUGUUGUCUGAAAAUGCCCCCCUUAACACAAAAAUAGCCCUAAUUACUGUGACGGACAGAGAUGCGGAUCUUAACGGUAAAGUGACUUGUUACACUGAUCACGAUGUACCUUUCCGACUGAAGCCUGUCUUUAAUGACCAGUUUUUGCUCGAAACCGCCGCACCUUUAGAUUACGAGACCACUCGAGAGUAUGCGAUUAGGAUAGUUGCAUCUGACUCUGGGAAACCGCCUCUGAACACUUCGGCAAUGGUCCUGAUUAAAAUAAAGGAUGAGAAUGACAAUGUCCCGGUUUUCCCUCAGCCUGAAAUCCAGCUGUCCAUUCCAGAAAACAACGAUCCGGGCACACAGUUGAUAAAAAUCAGUGCAACAGAUGCAGAUAGUGGUUCUAAUGCCCUUAUUAUUUAUAGUCUUGGCCCAGAUGCUCCUGAUGGUUUUAACAUAGAUACCCGCUCUGGGAUCCUUUCCGUUGUCAAAAGGCUGGAUAGAGAGAAGCAGGAGAAGUAUUCAUUCACAGUCAUUGCCAGGGAUAAUGGUUCUUCUCCUCUCCAAAGCAACGUCACCGUCAAGCUAAUAGUCCAAGACCAAAAUGACAACAGUCCAGCCUUUACCCAUCCCGAAUACAACUUCUAUGUGCCUGAGAACCUGCCUUUGUAUGGGACAGUGGGUUUGAUCACUGUCACGGAUGCAGAUGCUGGCGACAAUGCAGUCGUCACUCUCUCGAUUAUAAAUGGCAAGGACAAUUUCAUCAUCGACCCCAAAACCGGGGUGAUCAAACCAAACAUUACCUUUGACAGGGAGCAACAAAGUUCCUACACGUUUGUUGUCAAGGCCAUAGAUGCAGGUCAAAUGCAAACCACUUCCUAUGCCAAGGUCACCAUAAAUGUUGUUGAUGUGAACGACAAUCGACCAGUGUUUGUCAUCCCCUCCUCAAACUACUCCUAUGAUCUAGUACCUUCAACCACCAGCCCUGGAUCAGUGGUGACUAGAGUAUUUGCCAUUGACAAUGACACUGGGAUGAAUGCUGAGCUGCAGUAUAGUAUUAUUGGAGGGUCACCGAGAGGACUGUUUUCCAUUGACAAAACGACAGGCAACAUUACUCUGCAGGAGAAGAUUAUAACAGCAGACCAAGGACUUCAUAGGCUGGUGGUAAAGGUCAAGGACUUGGGUCAGCCUGAGUCAUUACACGCAAUCGCCCUUGUUCAUUUGUUUGUGAACGAUACCGUUUCCAAUGCCACGUUCAUCCAGGAACAACUUCGCAAGAGUUUGGAGACUCCUUUGGAGCGGAACAUUGGGGACAAUGAGGUGACACCCCAGACCAAUGGCUACGUAAUUGUUGUUAUUGCCAUAAUAGCUGGGACUAUGACGGUUAUCCUGGUGAUCUUUGUGACUGCUUUGGUACGCUGUCGACAGACACCGAGACACAAAGUCGUCCAGAAGAGCAAGCAGAGCGGUGAGUGGGUAUCACCCAACCAGGAGGGUCGGCAAAUUAAAAAGAAAAAGAAGAAGAAGAAGAGAUCACCAAAAAGUUUGCUGCUGAAUUUCGUAACCAUUGAGGAACCCAAGUCUGAUGACCCUACUCAUGAGCACAUCAAUGGCACCUUAGACCUCCCUGUUGAACUCGAGGAGCAGACAAUGGGAAAGUACAACUGGGCUACCACACCAACCACCUUCAAACCCGACAGUCCCGAUUUAGCCAAGCACUACAAAUCCGCUUCCCCUCAGCCAACAUUCCAGAUCAAACCAGAGACCCCUGUGGCUCCCAAGAAGCAUCAUGUCAUUCAGGAACUCCCACUGGACAACACAUUCGUGGUGGGCUGUGACUCGCUCUCCAAAUGUUCCUCCAGCAGCUCCGACCCCUACAGCGUUUCAGAGUGCAGCUGUCAAGGGGGCUUCAAAGCACCUGGACAAAUCCACACCAGACAGAACCAGAGCCAGACUCCAGAUAAAACAUUCCCUGUUGUCCCAGCCACGUGCCCCCACAAGCAGACGCAACGUCGCGUGACCUUUCACCUCCCAGACGGCUCUCAGGAGAGCUGCAGUGACAGCGGGCUCGGAGAGCAGGAGCCCAAUAGCGGUGCCAGCACCACCCAGCCUCUGCCCUUGGGCUUCCCUCAGGAAGAGUACUAUGAACAGACCUCACCGAACAGCCGCACUGAGGGUGACGGCAACUCUGACCCCGAGUCCACUAUUGAAGUGAACCUGCAGAAAGCUCUCGCCGAGGCCUCGGAGACCUGUACCCAGGAAUGUCUGAUCCUGGGUCAUUCUGACAGCUGCUGGAUGCCGCCAGCGCUGACCCAAUUCCAGACGUCCGGCGCUGCCACUCUGCCCUCCUUUGGUUUUCAACAAAGCUGGGCGCGGGGGACCAAGCCAGAUGGGCGUCACACCCUCGGCAGGUCAGUGCCCAAAGAUGAUCUGGACAAAGGGAGCAACCGGCCCCAAUUCUACAACACACUUGAGAGACACUGCGGCAAGAAAGAGGAUCCCGUCAAGGUCAUCCCUCUAGCCAGCUUUUCCGCCACGUCCAGCCCCCAGACGUCCGCGGGCGGAGGCUCUUCCGCCUUCCUGCACGAGCAUCAGCUGUAGAAGCCAGGGUAGGCCUCAGAGCACCGCAUAAUGAGAGUGAUCGAAACGGAAAAGCUGAUCGUUAUUAGCAUGUGUCAAACCUUUCUCGGCACGGCGGACGGGGAGGAAGUUAAAGCAAAGGACGGUAGCUUUCCAUAUCCUCUGUGAAACUGAAACAUGUACAGUAGACAAAUGGUAGAUAUAGACCAAAGUAGCUCCUCAAGUGAAAAAAAAAAACUAAACAAAACGACAAAAAAAAAGCAGUGUGAAAUGUGUCUUAGUGACAGAUUAGUGGCAAAUGAAUUAAGCUUUACUGUUGAUCAAAAGGGGCAAGAUUUUUAUUUUGUUCUUUUGUGCGCCUCUUGAAUGCAACUCAACGAAUUACUUUAAAGUAUGCACUGCUGGCAGAAAUCAUUGCACACGUUUACAUGCUCGCUGGUAUUCCUGUCUAAUUAUGGAAAAAAAUAACUAUUCAAGCAAACGCCACCUUCUUGUUAUUCAAAGAAAAUGUGUGUAUUCCGCACGUUUCGUUUUAAAUGCAUACGGACGCGUGUCUGCAGCUAGUGGUCUUGGCGAGUUUAAUUGGCGCUCGCUAAUAGCAAAGCCGGCGCGAAUGCGGACACGCUCGUAAACAAAACAAUAAAAGUUAGGCUCUGAGUUAAGAACCGCAUUAUUACGGAAUAUUACGACUCGUGUAAGCGUAGUCAAUGAGGUUAAGUGUAAUGUGUGAGCGCUGGGUGACUGCAGUAUUUCUUUGGGCUUCAGUGAGGUGCGUCGUUUCCAGCCGAAUUUCCGGCCGAGUCUGUUUUACUCUGCUAAAGAGACCUAGAUCCGUGCCCCUGAAUGUGCUGCUUACUCUGUCAAGACUACAGAUACAGCUAAGCCUCUCUGCAAAAAUUAGUCUUGCUCGGUGUUAACACAUAGAAACUUUUAUAUAUUAGGGUGCUUUUUUUUCUUCUUAAACUUUGACGUUAGCUCUUUUCACCCUGGUGAGCUCAGCACAUUGCUAGUUUCCAUGCAUCUGACACCCUUUCUCUGCCAUUAAAAGAAACCCGCUUAUUUUCAACAUUAUCUCAUUAGCAGAGGCACAGACAUGGCUAAAAAGGCAUCCUUUGUUUUUUCGCACUACUAUAUCAAGUUUUUUCUCUCGAUAUAUACAAUUUAUGCACCAUAAUAAGUGCUGUGGAACCAAUUACAAGAAUCUCCCAAUAGUAUAAUUACUUUGAUCAGUAAUCACCGUAACUGCUAUAGAAGCAGAACGCUGCUCCAUAAUAGCAUAAUUGGCUACCUUUUGUAUGUGUGUGUGCUUGUAUGAUGCGCACUUCUUUUGAAACUUGCGUGAAAAUUAAGCGUUUGCGAGGUUUAUAUAUAAUGAUGUCAAAGAAACAGCCUUAAGAUGUAGAUGUGUAUUGUAUGGAUGUACAGUAAUGACUGCUAAGUGAAGUAGAAGUCUGCUUACAAUCGUGUCAUAUUUUCGCGUCCAGUAUUUUCAAACAGAGACAUCAAGUAAUGCCACAAAGAGGCUGUGCGGGUUGAGAAAUCAGCACAAAUUUAAUUCGCCAACGCUUCUCCUUAGUAUAUACUGAUGACACAGAAAUAUUUGGGUCAGUGAUCCAAAAAAUUACUUCACUAUAAAAUAGUGUACGUGCCAGCGACAAGAAACGUGUCACAGCGAGACGUGUUGGAGUGUGUUGCUCUUUGAUGCGAGAGAACUGACAAUCACUCCGGCAGCUGUUCCCUCAACAACAGCUUAAGAUCUGUCGAACACUCUUGAUUAAGAGGAAUAAUUGCGGUGUGGGACUCUAUUAAGGGAAGGAAGCGGUGGCUUGCUUUUUCGCUCUAGCUCUCGUACAUCUGCUAGCUGGUACAGUGUGAGAGUAUCGAGUGCAAGGAUGGUGACUCAACUUAAACUCUUCUAAUCUAUACAAUAGAUCGGAAACGCUCGAAAGACAAGGUCUGAAGUACUAACAUCAGCCGUAGUGUCUGUGUUGCUUAACACUGCUUGAUAAUCUCUGCUUCUGUUCAAACACCUAGUUUUUGGAGGUCUUUAAAAUUUCCAAUCAUUAAGAACAAUGGUUUCUGGGGUUGUAGAGGGCUGUAGAGCUUCACAAGACAUUUCAAAUAUAUUUCGGUUGUUUUUUAUUUAGAACUGCAUGGAUCUAAAGGUUUUACAUGCUUAGAGUCAACAUGAAAUCAAACAGACCCCGUUUUGUGAAUCAUUCAUCUGUGCUUCUCAGUCAUCUCUCUUUAAUUUGGCAUCAUAAUGUUUAAAAAAAUAGCCAAAUAUCCAGAUCUAGAAACGAUUUAUUUUCAUGGCAAAGAAUUGUCUUGGUCUCAAAUGUGGUAACAAAGAAAAAAAAACUUUUUUUACAGUUAUGUACACCAUAUAACUUACCACUUUUUUUAACAACACUUAAAUAAAAAAAGAGCAAAACUCACCUGGUACAGUCAAAUCCUAGAAGCUCAUUUAGUGUCCUGUUUCUAGCAGCAAAGUGUCGCAAUUAGAGAAUUUUGCAAAUACUGUUUCAUGUUGACUUUAAAAAUGUAUGAACUUAAACGUUUGCUGAAAUCCGAAACAGCAAUUUUAUGUUGGAGCAACUCUAUUAGUGCCAAAGGUUUACCAAGUAAAAAAGACAAACGUUGUGUGAGAAUGAAUGAAAAUAUGAACAUUUGUGAUAAAUAAAUGCAUAAAAGGUCUCAAUAUGCAUGGUUAUUCUCCCCUCUAGCACUUUUGUACUUUUCUAAAAAGUUUGUUCCCUGAUGUAUCAUGUAAGCAACCUUGGUAAUGAGGUGUUUCUUUACUCUGAUAGACACUUUUUUUUUUCUUUCUUUUUACAUUUUUUUGAGGAAAAUAUUAUGGCUGAUCGUCUCUGUAGUCGGGCAUCUUCAUUUGCAUGUGGUUCCAGUUGACCUCCGCUGGCUGAUUGUGUUCUGUAGCACUAAACCCUUGUUCUGACACUAAUCAGUAGCUUGUGCUGUCUUUACAGUCAUCUCCUCGGGUCGUGUUAUAGUUAGUAUGAGGAUUAGAAUGGCAACACACUUUGAGUGCCCAACACGUCCUUACACAAAUCAAAUAAAUUCUCAUCAUUACCGUACAGAAAAAGAAAAAAAAGAAAAAAAAAGAGCAAAGUGUACAUAGAUAUACUUAGCAGCAACCCUGGGAAACAAAUUUUAACAUACUGUAUGUGUAAACAAAAGCAAAAGUGGUUUAUACUUACUUAAAAUAGUUGAUAAAAGACAAAAAUCAUGAAAAAUGAGGACAAUCUCUGUUGUAAUGUAUUCGAAACAUAUGCAUACUGUAUAUUAUUAUAUGUGUGCGCGUGAGUUUGUGUGUGUGCAUGUAUGUAUACUGGCACAAAAGCGGCCGGAUGAUGUAUGUACACACUAUGUAUCUUGUAUAGAAUCUGAAAAGAAUAUAAAACUGCUGAUAUAUUAAAUCUGCUUGUAAUUUAAACAUCAUUUGCUGUAUUUCACAAUUAUUUCUUUCUUCGGAGGUGAGCUUUCAUAUGUGCCAGCAGUCAAGCGACGAACGCUGUUGAACAAUUGAAGUAUAUCUUGAUAUCAUACCCCUGUAAAAUAGUUAAAAAAGAAACGAAAAGAAAAAGAACGUGCUCAUUUACAUUUGGUGUGAUGUUUUUUCUUGUCUUGAAUUUUUCUUGAACCAUUAAAUAUUGUGUAUCUUUA